ACUGCGCAAUGGCUACAGAGACAUCUGCUACCGCAAACACUCGUCUUCAAAUGGAUUAUGAGACCAAGAUUUUCCCCCACACCGGCGGCUAUGGACGCUAUAACCGAAUCGUGGUCGUUUUUAGCUGGUUCCCCAACUUCGCGGUCAUGCUGAAUCUAUUCUGCGACGUUUUUUACACUCUGAUCCCGGACUCGUACCACUGCAGACCCGACCCGCAGCUUCUGCCCUCCACUUUCCUCCUCAGUAACUUCACCAGACAGGGAUACCUCAACCUCACCAUCCCCUGGGUGAACGGCAGCGGCCUCAGCCACUGUGAACUCUUCAAGUAUCCACCCAACGCCUCGGACUUUUCCGAAAAUGUGCCCAGGGAGAGGGUUCCCUGCACCAAAGGGUGGGAGUACGCCCAUUUAGUGGGUCUCCGGAGCAACUUUGUCACUGAGUGGAACCUGGUUUGCAGUGACUACUGGAAAAUCCCUUUGCAGCAUAUCUGCUUCAUGACAGGAUGGAUCAUGGGAUACGUCUUCCUUGGUACACUGUGCGACUGGUUGGGUCGUCGGCGAGGUUUCCUCCUCUCCAUCGGUCUGUCCAGUCUGUUUGGGGUUGCUGUGUGUUUGUCCAGCAGCGCUAUUGUGUUUCUGCUGCUGCGUCUCUCUCAAGGCGCCAUGCUCGCCGGGGUGUUUGUGUCCUCGUACAUCGCCAGGUUGGAGCUGUGUGACCCUCCUCAUCGUCUCAUGGUUGCCAUGAUCAGCGGCUUCUUUGCCGUGUUUGCAGAGCUGGUGUUGCCGGGCGUCGCUGCUCUGUGCCGUGAUUGGCCCGUUCUCCAGGCUGUGGCCACUUUGCCUCUGCUCCUGCUGCUUUCCUAUUGGUGCUGUGCAUCACUGUUUCCUGAAUCUCCUCGCUGGCUGCUGGCCACAGCCCAGAUCCCUCAGGCAAAGAGGAGCCUCCAGGAAUUCUCCACCAGGAACGGCGCGUGUCUGCAAGAUGAAAUCUACCCUGGCGAAACACUGCUGUCAGAGAUAGAUUCAGCAUACGGAGAAGACAGUCGACCGAGGUACCAUUCGGUUCUGGAGCUGCGUCGGACUCGUACUAUCUGGAAGAACUGCCUCAUCCUCAGCUUCACUCUGUUCAUUGGAACAGGCAUCCAGUACUGUUUCACCAGAAACCUGCACGGUUAUUCCUCCAACUUCUACUUCAGCUACUUUCUCAGAGUGAUAACAGGAGCACUGGCCUGCAUCUUCAUCUGUCUGUCUGUCAGUCACUUUGGUCGUCGUGGUAUUCUCCUGCUCUCGGCCAUCAUCACUGGACUGUCGUCGCUGCUGCUGCUGGCCCUCACUCAGUACCUGCGUGGUGGCCUGGUGUUGGUGCUCUCAGUCGUGGGUCUGCUGUUUUCUCAGGCUCUCGCCAUGCUCAGCGUGUUCUUUGCCUGUGAGGUGAUGCCAACUGUAGUUCGCGGGGGUUGCCUCGGCCUGGUGCUGGCAGCGGGUUGUGUUGGCAUGGCCGCCUCCUCCCUGAUGGAGCUCCAGAACAACAGUGGCUACUUCCUCCACCAUGUCAUCUUCGCCUCCUUCGCCGUCCUCUCCGUUCUCUGCAUAAUGCUGCUACCUGAAAGCAAACGCAAGCCGCUCCCAGACUCCCUGAAGGAGGGCGAGAGCCAGCGACGACCGCCUCUCUUCAUGUCCCGGCCUGAUAGGGACAACCUGCCUUUACUGUGCACCCGGCCCCCUUUGUCGGAGUACAACCCUGAUAACUAUUCCCGCUUGGUUUCUGCCACUAGGAGGAUGUUGACUAAAGAUAAUUUGCCUUAUAGGAUCGCUGUGCCAGCUCAUUCCCCUCUGCUGUCUGACAGUGAAACGCAGGGACAAGAGAAUGAGACUCUGAGAGAUGUGGUAUCUUAAGAACCUCCUCAUCCUCCUCUGUACAGACUUGGAUUAUCCCUCUUCCUCCUUCUCUGAGUCACCAGCUAUUCAUGAGUCAGCUGAAGAACUGGCCUCAGCUUGGAUGAUGUGCAAUGUCUGUCAAUUUUUAGCAAUUUAUUAUUGUCUUCCUGUUACAUUUUACACUUGAAGCCAUUAUUGUGCAGUGGCAUUUUCUCAGUUGAAUUCAAGUAAUGCAUUGAAAAACAGUAGUUUUUCAAUGCAUUACCUGUGUUUUUUUGUUUUUUUGGGGGGGUCAUCCAAACAAAAGUCCCCUUUGAACUGUGACAGUACAUGUUAGGUCUGUUUGUGUGGUAAAUUCCCCAGAAUUUACCACACUCCUGAUACCUUUGGCCAGUCCGGUUGAGGUCACAUUGCUCAUCUGUGUGGAGGCAUUCAGACCAAAUUCGUAGACACUAGUUUCACUAGAGAAGCUCGCUCAGUCGUGCAGCUUCUGGUGAUCAUGUGAGCAGCAGCCCUUUGUCCAUUUAUCAGUAACUCAUGCACUUUUCAUUAAGUCUGUACUUCUGAUUCACCAGCAGUGUCUCAGUGCUGAGAGGAGCCCACGGAGCACCGGGACGCACAAUGCUGCUUCAUGCUGUUGUGGAAGUCUUGUGUUAUACUUAUGAAGCACAGAAGAGGGCGCUAAAUGAUGCACUGGUCACUGAAUUAAGGAAACACUGUGUGUGGUGAUCUGUGUGGAAACUUAACACCAGGUACAAAGAAGAUGACGGUGAAUUCUGUGUGUGGCUGAAGAGUUUGUCUACUCUAUAAACCACUUAGUUAGGUUACCAACCACUAUUUAACAAGGUGCUAUUUUUUUUACAAUGUAGUUUUCUCUUCAAAUGCUGAUGAGAACCUACAAACCACUGUAGCUGGCAGACAGAGAGUGGAUCCCUUCUCUGCCUUGUGAUCAUGAUUUGUGUCCUUGGGAGUCAUAUUGGUUAAACAUGACACACCAAAACACUUUCAAUGCUUCAGAAUUUAAUAGAAUCAACCUUAAACGAAGGGCAUUUGAUAUUUUCACAGGAUCUGCCUUAAAUUUGAGUAUGUAUUUAAUGUAUUUAAUGUUAACAUACAAGGUGUCCUAACUUUUUAAUGCCUUCACAUCUUGUAAAGUGAAUGUAAUUGCUUCAGCACUGUUACUUAAAGGAUGAGGAACUCUUCAAGGCUGCCUUUUGUGUGUGUUUAAUGUGAUAAACAUUACUUGAUCAGCCUAAAAAUAAUGAUUAAGUGAAAACCUUAGGAACUGAGCCCUGUUAACUUAUUUUUAUCACAUUAACUUUUCCUACCCCAAAGUGCAGCAACUUAUCUGUAAAUUUAUUUCCAAGCAUGAAAAUCAACAAAAAAGGAGUUAAAAAGCUUCAGUGAUGUUUCAUGUCUUAGAUGUAUUACCCUCUCAGAACACUAGAUGGAACACUUUUCCCAGAAAUAUAGAUAUGCUGGGCAUACUGCCAUCAAGGACUUUUUUUGUGUCUCUGUUCUUUCAGAUUACAUUUACUUGACUUUGUCUCUGUGUUCUGGUCGUCACACAUUCUUUUGGACAGUUUCAUGGUCGUGGAUAAAACAGCUAGAUGAGGUGAAACUUUGACUGAGGUCUAAAUGAGCUAGAUUUAACCUGACAUGAUCUUUCUUGCAGUACAGAAUUUUUGUAUAAUAGAAUUAUAGGAACAAGCUGUUAAACACACUUUAAACCUUCAGCGUUUCUGUCAGCACAGAGAGGAUAUGAAAUAAAACUUGACAUUUAAAACAGAGACUUUCAGAAUUUAGAACUGUUCAUGGACAAAGUAUUGACUUGCAUUCAAUUAGUUGCACUGAUAAGCAGCUUAUAAAGCUGUUAAUGUAAUGAGAGUCUGAAGAGCCAGUGCGAGCAGCAGGGCCAGUGUACUGAGUGAAUGGACGGCUCCAGCGUUGGGAUACCCGUAGUGUGUCCUGCAUGAGUUCUUGACCUCCUCAUAUGGAAUAGGAACAUCAUCUGGACUCGUGCCGCUCAGACUGUGACCGACCUGACAGACAAAGAGAAGACUGUCAUGCAACAAACAGAAUAGCACUGUGACAGGUGUGUGUUCUCUCACAGUGUCCACCUGCUACCAAAGCACCAAGACCUCAGUUAUAAAAAAGAUCCAUUUUGAAAGCUUUUUAUCAUCCAAUGCAUAGAAAUCAUUUGAGUAUUUUAAUUCACCUCUGAAAGAAAAAAGAAAAAAAAUGAUCAUUUACUGAAAAGUGAGCUAGUCAUGCCAUUCAUUGUUAUUUCCAGGCGAUGCCAGGCUACACAAAAAUGUCAUUAUUUUUGUACUAUUUUAGAUGUUCUGGGACAAAGAGAAAAAAACACUUUACAAAGUUUGAAAUUAUUUGGAUUGUAUGGAUGGAUAGAGGAGAAUAUCACAAUUUCAAAGAUUCAAUACCCAUGUUGGGACAUUUUUCUUUACAUUUUUGUAAAUUUGCUCCAUGGAAAGCUGCUUUAGCAAACUACGAGUAGUAAUUCCCAUUUGCACUGUAACCAUGGACUUAUAGAUGUACACCAGAUUACUUUUUAGACUGAAAAAAUACCUAAUAAAAAGAUUACUAAAUAUGA